GAAGAGUCAAGAUUAGAACCCAAGGUCACCCAGGAACGGAGCCCACUGCCCCAAGGGAACGCCGAGAACUGCAGCCCCAAACGGAGCGGGGCCGCGAUUUCAGAUUGUACCCUGUUUCCCGAUCCAUUGCGGAUGUUCAAUGAUCCAUGUCGGAAGUACUUCCAGUCGAAUCCGUCGUGGCCUCGUUGCCGGGGUUUAUGGCCAGCAGCGGCCCCACAGAUGUGGCAAAUCGAAAUAGUUUGGCUUCACCUCCGAAUACCCUCAGUCUUCGCACCUCCCAUAAUGAGCAGCUGAAUGCCGAAAUCAAGCACCCGCAGACCAAGAACACCACCCCCCCUAAAUGCAGGAAAAAAUAUGCACUAACUAAUAUCCAGUCAGCCAUGGGCCUCUCGGAUCCAGCUGCGCAGCCCCUCCUGGGUAACCACUCCGCCAACAUCAAGCUGGUGAAGAAUGGCGAGAACCAGCUCAGGAAAGCCGCCGAACAGGGCCAGCAGGAUCCUAACAAGAACAUUUCCCCCGCUGCUGUCGUGAACCAAACUUCUGAGAAGUUAGAGAGUAAAGAGUCAAACUCCCAGAACUCCUCAGACUGCGAAAUAUUACCAUCCCAGGCCAGAAGAACCAAGAGCUUCCUAAAUUACUAUGCAGAUCUGGAAACGUCGGCUCGAGAAUUUGAAGAAGGUCAAGGGCACGGUCAGAUGGCGAACGAGAGCCACGCCUCCACCGUCAUUGGCGAUGAGGCGCUGCUCCCCCAGACGCCGAGGAAGAACCAGCCGAGUCCGGAGGAUGGCUUAGUAGCCGCGGGGUCGGCCAGUCCGGAGACCAAAAAGGACCAUCCUAAAACGGGGGCCAAGACUGACUGUGCUCUCCAUCGGAUUCAACACUUGGCGCCAAGCGAUGAGGAGUCCAGCUGGACAACUCUUUCCCAAGACAGUGCCUCCAAUUCCCCAGAUGAAGCAGCAGACAAAUGGAGUCAUCACUCGUUUCAGACUGACUCGGAUUUGCCACCGGGCUGGAAGAGGAUCAGCGAUAUUGCCGGCUUCUACUACUGGCACAUCCCAACAGGAACAACGCAGUGGGAGCGUCCCGACUGUAUCGCGGCGGGACUUCAGGGCUCCAGGAAGGGAUCGCUUAGUUCGGCAACUCCGUCUCCCACACCGGAGAAUGAGAAACAGCCAUGGAGUGAUUUUGCUGUUCUGAAUGGGGGAAAGAUUAAUAGUGACAUUUGGAAGGAUCUGCAUGCAGCCACCGUCAACCCUGACCCUAGUUUAAAAGAAUUCGAAGGAGCAACGUUACGUUACGCUUCUUUGAAACUCAGAAAUGCACCUCAAGUUGAUGAUGAUGACUCUUCUAGUAUCAACAGUGAUCCAGAAGCCAAGUGCUUCGCCGUGCGCCCUCUGGGAUGGGUUGAAAUGGCAGAAGAAGAUCUCGCCCCCGGUAAAAGCAGCGUUGCCGUCAACAAUUGCAUCAGACAGCUUUCAUACUGCAAAAAUGAUAUCCGGGACACCGUGGGCCUCUGGGGUGAGGGAAAAGACAUGUACCUGAUCCUGGAGAACGACCUGCUUACUCUGGUUGAUCCAGUGGCUCACAGCGUCCUUCACACUCAGCCCAUCGUGAGCAUCCGCGUCUGGGGAGUGGGCCGCGACAAUGGCCGAGAGAGAGAUUUUGCUUAUGUAGCAAGAGAUAAAGACACAAGGAUUUUGAAAUGUCAUGUGUUUCGAUGUGACACCCCAGCUAAAGCCAUCGCCACCAACCUCCAUGCCAUCUGCUCUAAGAUUAUGGCUGAAAGGAAGAAUGCUAAAUCCCUGGCUUGCAAUUCAUUUCAAGAACAGACCCAUGUGAACCUUGACAUUCCUUUGCAAGUGGAUUUCCCAACACCAAAGUCCGAAUUGGUACAGAAGUUCCACGUUCAAUACCUGGGCAUGUUACCUGUAGAAAAACCAGUAGGUAUGGACACCUUGAACAAUGCCAUAGAGAGUCUCCUGACUUCAUCGACCCAGGCCGACUGGCUCCCAGUAACCAUGAAUGUUGCUGAUGCCACCGUGACGGUCAUCAGCGAAAAAGAUGAAGAGGAGAUUCUGGUCGAGUGUCGCGUCCGGUUCCUGUCCUUCAUGGGGGUUGGCAAGGACAUCCAUGCGUUCGCCUUUAUCAUGGACACAGGGAACCAACAUUUUGAGUGCCACAUUUUCUGGUGUGAGCCGAAUGCUGGCCACGUGUCCGAAGCUGUGCAGGCUGCUUGUAUGCUCCGGUACCAGAAAUGUUUGGUAGCCAGACCUCCUUCGCAGAAAGUUCAACCUCCUCCUCCUCCUCCAGAAGACUCAGUGACCAGAAGAGUCACAACCAAUGUAAAAAGGGGAGUCCUAUCCCUCUUUGACACUUUGAAACAGAAACGUCCUGUCCCUGAAAUGCCAUAGCUGCAUUUGUUAGUAAUUCUUGGAGCCCUCAAUAGAAGAUUUCGAAGCUACGCUCGAGAAAAUGACCGCUACCCCUCCUUCGGAGAAUCUGUCCCAAUCCAGAGUGCAACAAGCAUGUCCUCUCCUUGUUACCAUUGUGUGAGAUGAAAGGAAGCAUGAAUUGGGUUGUUGGGUAUUUUGCAUUCAGUGGAGGUACAUCCUGAAUAGUCUGUUUCCCUUUGUUUCUUUUUUUUAAAUACACCUGAGUAAAAUGUUCCCAUAAUGUGUACACACAGACAGAUGGCUAGGCAGUGAACUGAUGCUAAGUCCUGAGAGAAUGAUUUCUGAGCUCUUUAUUUUCACCAGCUUCUCGAGCAGGUAAGAUUUAUCCCAGACCACCUUCGCACCUCCGAAAAACCCUGUUUCCAAUCCUGGAGUAGCUACUUGUGUUUUCAUUAAUAGUGAAUGACCGUUGUGUCGGACUUCAGCUUUUACUUUUGAACCACCGCUCAUGCUUUUGAACUACCCCGAUCAGUUUAUAUCUAUUACUUCGCUGUAUCGGGACAAUAGGGAAAAAUUGAAAUUUGAAGAUUGUCGAUAAAUGGCAAACAAAUCACAGAUUGUCUGCUGUGAAUAGGUAGUGGUUCGUACGCCUGGAAGCAGGGGAUUGGACCAGAUGAUCUUUCCAGGUCCCUUGCAGCUCUGGGGCGGGAGAGGGGCUGUCAGUAAAAUACAUUGAAGCCUAUUUAUCGUAGACAAAUAAUUCCACCAAACGGUGACCAAACAAAAAUCUCAAGAAUGUGGGUUCUCAGCCUCAGAUGUCAUGCAAUUGGAGGGAUGUAACCCAAAGCUUUGCCUUACUUUAUACCAUGCAGCUAGAAAAUUGGCUAUUUUAUUGGACCGCUCGCUUCAGAAUCAGAUUGAAAGAGAACCCGACACUCGCUCGGAUCCUUACAGUUACUACUGCUCUAAUAUGCAAGUUGGGGUGGGAAAAAUAGCCAUCGCACUUUUGUAGACCAAACGUAACUAAGACUUAAGCACAUAUGAAAUUUACCUUUGUUAAACACCUCUUAGUGGCUUGAAAUGUGUUGACUCUUUUGAUGUUCUGUUGGGAUUUGUUGUGCAGUUUGGAUACUCAAAACAUUCCUGGCAAUUGUUUCAAGUCCUUCUUAUUUAUUCCAGGCAACCAGCGACAGUUAGGACCUUUUCGAACCCCAGACUCCGUUAGUCACCGGUAUUGGUUUCGUGCUGAUCUCUCUCCUGGUGCUCUCUUUCCGCCUAAUUUUAAAUAGGUUGGAAAGAGCAGGUUUCAUAGAGAAGAUUAUAAUUCCAGUAACUUCCCCCAGUGAAGCAUUUUUCUCCUCAGUUCUUUCUCCCUAGGUGGUGAUCCCAUCUGAAGUAUGAAAAACUGGAAACCGCUUGAUGCUGUUUUCUUGAAAAAAGCAACCACGCCCCCGUUUUGGCUUAGAUUAUUUGAAGGCGUUAAUCACUAAAACACAUUGUGCAUUUUCCUUGUAAUUAUCAAAAGAUUUCAAGCCACCAGGAAGAGUGGGUCAAAAGUUUAAAAGUACACGCAUGGAACACAAACAGAUUUUUAAAAUUAGAUGCUACCGUCUAGCAAUUUUAGGGUCGUUGUAGACAAGCAAAAGAGUCGCUGUUUUGUGGGCAUUUAGUACUCGGGCUGUGACAUUUAUCCAUCCAUCCAAGAGAUCAGAUUAAUAUUGUCUGCGCUCAAAGGGAAAUCAGAAGAGUACAGGUGGGAACCUGCGGCUGCACGGCUGGUAGUCUGCCAUUGUUAUUUUCGGGUCAUAUCUGAAAAUUUCUUCUAAAAUUGGAACUGGGGGGUCUUGGAUUCACUGCAAGAAGGUGAAAACCUCUUUUCUGUUCUGCCUGCAUGGGGCCCUGGGGCCUUUCUCUUUGCUCCUCUGAUCUCCAUGUGAGAGGCUUUAAGGGCCACCAUCAAUCCUCUGGCACUGCACUGCCUGCAAGGAAAGACUAAAUUCCGAAUGGGAAGACCAGAGCGUUUGAAAAUAUCCGUUUAAAAAAGUCUUUCCUGGUUUCCCCCAGCUACUUUUCCUCAGUUCAGUGUAUUGUAUCAAAUGAGCUGUGUUGGUAUAGAAAUCUCAUUUGAAUGCUGCCCUACUUCCCUUUGCUUUUUAACUCCAGUUGUUUGUGGGCAGGAUUGAGAACACUGAAUUGAGCUGCCAACCAGACGAGCAGACUAAAUGCGACUGGAAGGGGCACUGGAAAGGCAAGGGAGGGCCAUUUCCGUUUGGAAAACGAGUGAUUUGGGCUAAAAUUAGCUUUGCGUCACCUGUAAAAAUUGGGAAUUCAAUGUUUGUUCUCCCUUCUACUUAGACUGUGAGCCCCAUGUGGGACAGGGACUGUGUCCAACCUGAUUAACUGAGAACGAUGCUUCAUACAUAGUAAGUGCUUAACGAAAUUAUUACCUGAAUGUGAAUGAUUCAGAAAAUUGGUAAUUUUAAACAGUUAUGCUGACACUUUCUGCCAUGGCCUAAAAUAGUAUGCACUGAGAGAGGAGAAGCGAAGAUGGAAAAUGCCAGUUUUCCCCCCGUCCCCGCUCAAGGGUAACACUUCAGUUAUCUAUGCAUUCUUUAUAUCUAACUCCUGACCCUAUCAACAAGUUACAUAUAUCUCUUAAUUUCUAAUUAAUCUGUUUAAUCCAGCGUAUAUUUUAUUUAUUCCAUUUAACUAAGAUAUCUGGUGUUAUGUUGAUAUAUCUUUCCUAGCUGUUACUUCUCAAGGUAUACCAUAUUAAAUACUCUCCAUGUAUUUUAUCUUGUUAAAAGGUUAUUUGCUAAUGAUUUCCAGUCACAUUUUUACUGUGGGGGGGGGGCAGGGUUGGGGAGGAGGGAGGGUUAGAAGAAAUGGCAAAAAGUGUAAAGUUUAUUCUUAUUAUAUAUUUUAAGGAAAUAUCCAUCCCAAGUCACCCUUUUAACGUGCUCCUCGGCUAACAAGUAAUGUCUAUAGUUUAAGACUUUUCCUUGUAGACCGGAGCUUCGAUUUGUAGCUUGUCUUUGUCUCUUUAAACCACUUCCUGGUCCUUCAAAAAUGAAGUAAUUUAAACCUGUUCCAACCUAGAAGCGGUUUUUUGUUUGUUUUGAAACUGCAAAUUGGGCACUUGAGAUCCUUCUUUUAAAAUGGGGAUAAGGCUAGGGGCCCUGUUGCUUGCACAUUAAAAAAAAUCCUCUUUAAAUGGUGGAGCUGAAGAGUUGCAGACUCUUCUCAUUUAAAUAAGCCUGAAUUCCUUCUUCCUUUUCUUGUGUGAUAUUCCUCUUUCAAGAUAAUGGCACAGGAGUACAAAAUGUAGACACUAACGUGAUAAAACGGACAGUCGUUUCCUUAGCCGGUAAAUAUCCAACUUUAGCAUUAAAACCUGCGGAGCUGUAUCAGAUAGGUUUGCUUUCCAUAGUACAUUCCUAAAAUGAAUGUGGUGCAGUCAGCAAAAGUAUUAUUGGAUUUAUUUCAGUAUCUGUUAAGGAGGUAAAAGAAAGACAUUCGUGUUAUCGAUUACAGGGCUAGCUGCUACCAGCUGUUCCAUAUAAGGGGGUGAAAGCAUUUUUGUUUUGGUUUCUUGUAUUUUCUAUGGUCCAUUUUUCCACAAUUAACUGUAAUCCGUUGUGAGAAUAAACUUGUUGCAUACAGUGCUGGGUUCAUUUAU